AUGAAAGUCUCGGAAUUUCUCGCUCGAUUUCUAGCCUGGCUGAAGAAGUGGGGGAUACGCUUGCUACCUGCCAGCUUUGCAAGGCUUCGUUUGAAGUCGGCACAAAAAGUGAACGUCGAAACAAUAUAUCACAAGAAUGCAAAUAUUGAUCUGCCCGACCUUACUGAGCAAAUAAGCAAGGAAUCAUCCCGAUACCCUGUCGCACAAGGCAGCUUUGGGGAUGUCUGGAAGUGCAUACAUAAGCACCCUCAAAUCACGGUAGAGGUUGCAGUAAAGUGUUUGCGACUUGAAAUUCCGAAUGACCGUUGCAAGACACAAAUUACCGAGAGGCUGGAACAUAACUUACAGCGGAACACUCAGCUAGAACACGCCAAUCUGUUACCUUUCCUGGGAAUAACUCAAGGGUUCGGUCUGCUGCCUGCUAUCGUCUCCCCAUGGAUGCACAAAGGCUCACUUACCGUACUUCUCGAGCGUGAUUUCCAGCAACUUACUCUCACUCGAAUGCUCCAAAUCCUCAAAGAUGUCGCUUCAGCUCUUCAGUACUUGCAUUCCGAAAAUAUAGUACACGGUGAUCUCACCGGCAACAACAUUCUCGUUGAUGAGAACGGCAAUGCCUUCGUGGCUGACCAUGGAAUUCUCAUUUUUUGUGCCGAGCUCCAUGGCACGUCAUAUAUCAGAAGCAAUGUGCGAUGGGCUGCACCUGAAAACUUUCAAGUCCCGGAAGAUGACGAAUCAAUAAGUUCGCCCCAAUUGGCAUCAGACAUCUAUUCUUUCGGGUGCAUCAUGUUGCAGGUCUUUACAGGAAAAGUUCCGUAUUCUGAAUUUCGAAGUGACCAUCAAGUUACCGUGCAGAUACUUAGAGGCCGGAAGCCUGCUCGACCAGUGACUCCGCCUAUUGCGGAUGCUGUAUGGGAUUUCAUGCAGAAGUGCUGGCUUGAUAAGCCGGAACAGAGGCCUUCGGCCAAGGAAGUCUCGAUAUUUGUACAGGGGCAGCUGAAACUGCCACAAGAAAGCUCCUAA